AUGGAGGACCUCGACAGGAAUACCUCCCCGGCGUCCGGGCUACCGCUGGCCUUCCACGGUACCGUAAUCCACUCAAUCAGCCUGACCGAACUCGAAGUGCUGCAAAAUUGCUUCAUGCUCGUCGACAAAUCGGGCAAAAUCCAGACACUGCAGGCUGACGUACAGCCCGAACAAAUCAUCGCCAUCGUGUCUGAUCAUGGCUAUGCCCCCGAUGUCUUCCCCGUCAAGUAUCUCCGUCGGGGAGAAUUUUUAUGUCCCGGUUUCGUCGACACCCACAACCAUGCGCCGCAGUGGGCGCAGCGUGGUCUGGGGAUCCGCGGCGAGUCACUCCUCGACUGGCUGAACAAAGUGACCUUCGCCCACGAGGCCAAAUUUGCGGACGUUGAAUAUGCGAAGCGCAUGUACGCCUCCUGCGUCGCUGGGUUCCUGCAGCAAGGCAUUACCACCGCGUCUUAUUACGGAUCUCAUCACGGACAGGCGACUCGGAUCUUGGCCGAUGUGUGUGUCGACAAAGGCCAGCGCGCACUGGUCGGCAAAUGUAACAUGAACCGCAAUGCGCCGGAGUGGUAUCGCGAUGCAUCGGUCGCGGACUCGUUGCGUGAAACACGCCAGUUGAUUCGGCAUGUGCAGGACCUCGAUCCGGAAAAUGACCUUGUGAAACCCAUCCUGACACCUCGGUUCGCCAUCUCCUGUGAGUCGGAUCUUCUACAGGGCAUCGGAGAAAUUGCAAAAGAGCAUCCCGACUUGCCGAUUCAAACACACUUUAACGAAGCACAGCAAGAGAUCCAAUAUACGCGGCAAUUAUUUCCACAGUUUCGCACCGAAGCCGAUCUCUACCGGCAAUACGGUCUAUUGAACGACCGGACGAUCCUGGCACAUUGCAUUUUCCUAGAAGAAGAAGAGAUCCAAACACUUCAGCACCUUCGGUGCGGCGUGGCUCAUUGCCCCAUUUCCAACACCACCAUGCAGGAGUUUAUGGUCGCACCCAUUCGAGAGUACCUGCGCAGGGGAAUCAAGGUCGGCCUCGGGACAGAUAGCGGCGGUGGAUACUCGUCAUCCAUGCUGGACGCGAUGAAGCAGGCCUUUAUCGUAUCCAAUGCCAGGCACAUGCUGACAAAGGGCCAAGAUGCACCCUUGUCGCUGGCCGAAGGAUUCUUCCUGGCCACAUUGGGUGGUGCCCAGGUCUGUGGUCUCGAGGAUCGGGUUGGCAAUUUUGCCGUGGGCAAGGAGUUCGAUGCGCUGCAAAUUCACACCGGAGAGCUAGAGCAGCCAGGGGUCAUGAGUCCAGUUGAGGAAGACGAUUCCGUCUUGGCCAUUUUUGAGAAGUUCCUAAUGACCGGCGACGAUCGUAACAUCGUCAAAGUCUAUGUUCGGGGUCGGUCCGUGAAGGUGUAA